AUGUCGGCGCAGGGGGACUGUGAGUUCCUGGUGAAGCGGGCCCGGGAGCUGGUGCCGGGGGAUCUAUGGGCGGCCAAGGCCUGGCUCAUCACAGCGCGGAGCCUCUACCCCGCCGACUUCAACAUACAAUAUGAGAUGUACACUAUUGAGAGGAAUGCUGAAAGGACAGCAUCUGCAGGCAGGCUGCUCUACGACAUGUUUGUGAAUUUUCCAGACCAACCUGCUGUAUGGAGGGAGAUCAGUGUUAUUACAUCAGCAUUAAGGAAUGACUCCCAGGACAAGCAGACACAGUUUUUAAGAGGCUUAUUUGAGACCCUUCCUGGUCGGGUCCAGUGUGAAAUGCUCCUGAAGGCAACAGAGCAGUGCUUUAACACAUUAGAAAGGGCAGAAAUGCUCCUUCUACUUCUGCGGCGUUUCCCAGAGACUGUGGUGCAGCAUGGGGUAGGCCUUGGAGAAACAUUAUUAGAUGCUGAAAGUAUUGAAGACCAAGAAUCUCCAGUGAAUUGUUUUAGAAAAUUAUUUGUUUGUGAUGUCCUUCCUUUGAUAAUUAACAACCCUGAUGUACGACUUCCUGCCAGCUUGUUAUAUAAAUAUCUGAAUAAAGCAGCAGAAUUUUAUAUUAAUUACGUAACUAGGUCUACACAGACAGAAAGUCAAUAUCAAGGUUCACAAGAUUCUUCUGAUAUCAUGUCUCCAAGCAAGCGCAGCUCUCAGAAGUAUGUAAUAGAUGGUCUCACAGAGAAAUCAUCCCAGAUUACAGAUCCUUGGGAGAGACUGUUUAAAAUACUGUCUGUUGUGGGAAUGAGGUGUGAGUGGCAAAUGGAUAAGGGAAGAAGAAGUUACGGUGACAUUUUGCAUCGAAUGAAGGAUCUCUGCAGAUACAUCAGUAACUUUGAUAGUGAAGCCCACAUUAAAUACAAGAAUCAAGUAGUGUAUUCCACGAUGUUGGUCUUCUUUAAAAAUGCUUUUCAGUAUGUCAGCAACAUCCAGCCAUCACUCUUUCAAGGUCCAAAUGCUCCAAACCAAACUCCACUGGUUCUUCUUGAGGAUGUACCCAACAUCUACGGUGAUACAGAUAUUGAUCGUAACAAACACAUACACAAAAAAAGGAAACUUGCUGAAGGAAGAGAAAAAACAAUGCAGAGCUCAGAUGAUGAGGAUCCUUCUGGGAAAGCAAGAAGUCGACAUAUUACAGUAAAUAAAGCUGAUCUUGCAAACUCCAUUGAAGUAUUAGAGAGUUUCAAACUGGCAAGAGAGAGCUGGGAACUGCUGUAUUCUCUGGAAUCACUUGACAAAGAGUUCACCAGAAUUUGUUUGUCAUGGAAGACAGAAACCUGGCUUUGGUUAAGAAUCUUUCUUACAGACAUGAUCAUCUACCAGGGGCAGUACAAAAAAGCAAUUAGCAGCCUACAUCACUUGGCAGCUCUUCAGGGCUCUCAUUCUCCCCAGCAAAUUACAGGACAAGGAUCUUUAGAAAAUCAGAGAGCGCUAAUCCAGUUAGCAUCGUGCCACUUUGCCCUUGGAGAAUAUCGGCAAACAUGUGAAAAAGUGCUUGACCUCAUGUGCUGUAUUUUACUUCCAAUACAAGAAGGAGGUAAAGUACAAGAGGAGCAACCUAAAGUCAAGUCAAAAUUCAGGAAAGGGUCUGAUUUGAAGCUUUGGCCAUGUACCAGUAGAGCUAUCAUGCCUUACUGCCUGCAUCUGUUGUUAGCUUGUUUCAAGCUCAGAGCUUUCACAGACGGCAGAGAUGAUAUGGCCCUGGGCCACGUAGUUGUUCUGCUUCAGCAUGAGUGGCCAAGGGGUGAGAACUUGUUCCUGAAAGCCAUCAACAAAAUCUGCCAGCAAGGAAACUUCCAGUAUGAGAAUUUUUUCAACUACGUCACAAAUAUUGAUAUGUUGGAGGAAUUUGCUUAUUUAAGAACACAGGAAGGAGGGAAAAUUCAUCUGGAACUGCUGCCAAAUCAAGCAAUGUUGAUCAAGACCUCUAGCCCUCCCAUGGGGUUACUGCAGCAGGAAUUCAUACCUGUGCUACAGCCCAGCAUACAGACUGCUGACAGGCACCACACAGUUACCCGGGGUAUAACUAAAGGAGUGAAGGAAGACUUCCGCCUGGCCAUGGAGCGCCAGGUCUCGCGCUGUGGGGAAAAUCUGAUGGUGGUCUUGCAUAGGUUCUGCAUUAACGAAAAAAUACUGCUGCUGCAGACUCUUGCUUGAAUGGACUGGAUCCUGAUGCAGUGUCUUUUGUGGAGAGAGGGGAAGGCUCUUCUUUGUAUGAACAAGCAGCAUAGCAGUGGAAAAUCUCUUGUUCAGAGGGUCAAGAAGUUCCCUGUAAGUUACAGGUUCUGCAGUACACAAACACUACUCUAGUGUUUGUUCACUGCUUGGUUUUCUUAUGUGAGUAGAUCAAACUUUAGAAAUAAAACUUUGUUUUAGAAGUCUUUGUAAUAUC